AACCCAAUCCUCGACCCCAUCCUCCCUGCCCGUCCGUCCAUCCGUCCGUCCCCCGAUUGGCCCUCGCUGCCUCGGCUUCGUGUGUGCGAUCAUGGGAACAUGGCCUCGUCGCAGCACCGCCGAAAUCCUCGCCUCACUCGGCAUCCGUUCCGAUCUUAGCAUCAUCCUCUCGGAGCCUGACCAUCUUGUUCGCCAAUCGGGCUUCGAACUGUCGUCUGACGCGGUCGAGGCCCUGCAGCUGGCACUCAUUGAUGAGUAUGCCACCGAGCCUGAGGCACUAUGUCCGGAGCUCUUUGGCCGUCUGCCCGCCGGCCAUCCACCCGACCCCGGGGACUCGCUCCCUCGGCAGUCCUCGGCCGUGCGAGCCUUCAUGAGUAUGCUGGAUGAGGAGUUUUGCGAUCCUGACCCGGGGCCGUUAGUGGCUGACUUCGCCACCAAAGACGCCAUCCCCACACUGCUGCCGGGGCUCGACAAGCUCCUUGAUGGGGGGCUGAUUGGGGGUGAUAUUGUUGAGGUCCUCGGCCCGGCAAAUUGCGGCAAGUCUCAGCUCUGCCAACAGGUGGCCGCAGUGGCCGGGGGCCUGGCUACGCUGCGUGAUGUCGAGCUUUCGUUCGCCACCGGGCAGGCCCCCUCCGUCGGGGCGGCCCUCGACCAAUUGGAGGCCCAGCCGGCCCCACAGCCGGCAGUCCUGUUUGUCGACACCGGCACACAGCCUAGCGCCCAGCGCAUGGCUGACUUGCUCUUCCGACGCAUGGGCCAGCUCCUGCACCCGAAGCACCCGCUGACCGGCGGUCUGCGCACGAUGCCGGAUGCCCGUCGGCGCUUGGUUCAGGCAUCUUUGGACCGGAUCGAGUGUGUUCGUGUGUCGGAUGUGGGGGCUCUUCUUGUGCUGCUGCACCAGCUUGCCCGGCAGCAUGUCCCGCACCCCUCCACGGGAUCGCCACUGCUGCUGGUGAUUGACUCGCCGGCGGCUCUGCUGACGCGGCCCCAUAGCAUCCAGCUGGGCCUGGAUGCCGGCACGGGAGCACCAUCCUCCUUGUCGGGGGGGACCAGCUCGCAAGCCCCACCGCCGAGCCAGGUGCCGCAUUUGCAGCGCGCACUCGGCGCAACAGUCAACGCGGAAUACAGUGGCAUGGCCUCCUCAGUUGGGGCAUUGCUUCAGGACCUGGCGCUGACAGGGCGCUUUUCGAUUCUCAUGACAAACUCUGGCUACAAGUGGGAACAUCCGCGCAUUGGUCGGACAAUGCGCCCCAGCCUCGGGGCCCCCUGGCGGCGAACGGCCACAACACGAAUUGUCAUGCUACCCAGUCCCGGGCCUGCUCAUGGCGGCCAGGAUAGCGGGACCAGGCAGGAUCCAGUUCUUGGUGCUAUCACUGUGGAGAAGUCCAACCGCAUGGCCCCCGAAACGAUCACCAACAUCCGGACGCCUUUCCGGAUCACUCUCCUCGGGAUAGAACCCGGUGUUUGAAUAUCAGAAUCGGGAC